UUCUUCUUCCUUAUCUCCCUUCUGUUGUACUUAUAUUCCACACUCCUUUUCCCCUCAGCACUCAUUGUGUGAACUAGGAAAGUCACCACAAGCCUCCCCAGUCCAGGACCCUUUAACACGACAUUAGAAAAGGAGCAAGAGCGACCCCAACACAUGCCACACUUCCUCUCCCCUCCCAGAUCCCCCCUGCAUUAUUCAUCAACAAACCACCCAAAUUAAUUUUAGCAUGCCAAAACCAAAAGCACAACUUCCAUGGUUUGGCCUCAUGGCCGCCUUUGCUUUAUUUCUACUGCCGGAAGCUUGCAUCGCCGGAAGAAGAAACAAGGAUUGCGGUUUUACUCUGUGUGGAGACGUUAACAUCAGCUACCCUUUUCGAUUAACAAGCCAAACUCCCAAGUGUGGUGACCAUAGGUAUGAGUUGGAGUGUCAUAAUAAUAACCGCACCACUUUGGUCAUGAAACAUGGGAGAUUGUAUGUCCAAAACAUCUCUUAUGGAAAUCAUACCAUACAAGUUGUCGAUGCGAAUGUGGGCAGGGAUGAUUGCUCCCUUCCUCGCUUCAGUAAGUUUUAUGAUACAUGCAAGCUACCGUACAGAGCGUCGUACAGAGCGUCUUACCUUAUGAGCAUAAUAUCUCUUGUAAAUUGCACGACACCGAUGAAAUCUUCUCUGUAUGUUGAUGCCUCUCGUUGCCCCAAUCGCUCUUCCCAUCCACCUACCUACUUUUAUUUUUUAGAUGAAGGAACACUGCCAGUUGAUUUCAAUCAGUUUUGCACAAUCGAAGCACAGGUUCCAGUUGGGCUACAGAAUAUCAGCAACAUGUCUACUUUGGACAUCUACAAAAAACUGUUACUGGGCUUUGAGCUGUCAUGGGUGGACUUAGAUGAUUUCCUGUACUAUUGCACGGAGGAUAAACUUCAAGUGAUAUUGGUCUCGUUGCGAGAUGCAUUGUACACGUAUGUGAACAGCUUGGUAUAUUUCCCCUUCCAUAGCCAAGAUUAUUAUUAUUAUGAAAGAACGUAUAUUUUAUGUCUUGGAGUAACAGGAGGAGUCAUCUUAUUAAGAGCUUUGCCGGGAAUAUGUUGCUUGAUCGUAGUUGUUACGUACAAAUGGCGAAGAAAACAUUUAUCUGUGGAUGACACGAUUGAGGAAUUUCUUCAAAGUCAAAAUGAUUUAAUGCCGAUAAGGUAUUCUUAUCGUGAAAUAAAAAGAAUGACUAAAAAUUUUCGAGAUAAAUUAGGUGAAGGUGGUUAUGGUUCAGUGUUUAAAGGAAAGCUUCGUAGUGGCCAUUUUGUAGCAAUAAAGUUAUUGGGUAAGUCAAAAGCUGAUGGACAAGAUUUCAUUAAUGAAGUUGCUACAAUCGGGAGAAUUCAUCAUGUUAAUGUGGCAAAACUUAUUGGAUUUUGUGUGGAGGGAUCAAAACAAGCUCUUGUCUAUGACUUUAUGCCUAAUGGAUCUCUAGAUAAGAUCAUAUUUGCAGAAGAAAAUAAAACUACCUUGAGUUGGCAAAAAAUGUUUGAUAUUGCGCUUGGGGUGGCUCGAGGAAUUGAAUAUUUACAUCAAGGAUGUGACAUGCAAAUUCUACAUUUUGAUAUCAAGCCACACAAUAUUCUUUUAGAUGAGAACUUUAUCCCAAAAGUUUCAGAUUUCGGUCUUGCUAAACUCUAUUCUGUAGAUGAUAGCAUUGUAUCACUCACUGCAGCACGAGGCACAAUUGGAUAUAUUGCUCCUGAAUUGGUUUACAAAAACAUUGGAGGCAUCUCGUACAAAGCUGAUGUUUAUAGUUUUGGAAUGCUAUUAAUGGAAAUGGUGGGAAGAAGGAAGAAUUUGAAUCGAUUUGCUGAACAUUUAAGUCAAAAAUACUUCCCUUCAUGGAUUUAUGGCCGAUUUCAUCAAGGAGAGGACAUUGAGUUGGGAGAGGCUACAGAUGUUGAAAAGAUAAUUGUUAAGAAGAUGAUAAUAACAGCUUGUUGGUGUAUACAAGUGACACCUAAUAACCGUCCUUCAAUGAGCAAAGUCUUGCAGAUGCUUGAAACAGAUGUUAAGCUCCUUCAAAUGCCACCCAAACCUUUUCAACUUCCUUUCGAAAUAUCAAUUGAGGAUCAUGUUGAUGACAAUCCAAGUGAGGAUCCAACUUCAUCACUUCUUUCUUCGAAUGAAAUUAGCUUAAAUAUAGUCUAAGCUAUGAAACUUUUCAUUUUAUCACAUUACCUUUGUACUUUGAUAAUGAGAAAAAAUCAUAUCUCUCUAGAAUUUUAUAUUGUAAUUUCCAAACUUUGCUCUGUAUUUUUAGCUCUGUUUUUAUGGGUGUUUUUUUUCAUACCAUUUUGUGUUUUAUUUCAUAAUAUAUAUCCUUCAUUUUGCU